AUGAUCAAGGAGGCGGAAGUUGUCCAGAAGUCUAUCGGCACCCUUCUUGAUCACAAACAGAAGCAAGCAAACACAAUGGAGGCCAAGUCUACGCGAAAGCAGGCACAAGACACGGCGAAACAAACAGACACUAUUGUCAUCUUCACGGUGGUGGCAAUUGUAUUUCUCCCCCUCUCUUUCCUGACCAGCCUCUUUGCGCUGAACAUCAGUACCUUCCCCCACCAGGGUGACGCCCUCGCAUAUCAGGGAUGGUGGAUAUUCCCAAUUUUAUUUGGUGUCUCUAUUAUCGUAUCGGGGUCCUUCAUGACGGUUGCUUUCAAGGCAAACACUCUCAAAUCGGUUUUGACCGAGGCCUGGCACCAGCUAAAGUCCUAUGGGAAAAAAGGCCCGGCAGUCUCGACCGACAACGAUACAAAUGCAAGGGGUAUUAUGGGCUUUGGCCAGGGCCAGGGCCAGAAAAAGCCAAGCGUUGGUGUCUAUAUUGUUUGAACACUGUUGCGGUCUGUACAGAAUGACGUCCAUCUGUUGCGGAAUAGCUAUACUUUGUUGAUUUUGCUCGGAAUCAUCAAGCAUGCAAGUCUCCGAG